GGCAGUUGAAGAAGUAGGAAGAACGACUGAAGAAUAUCACAGGAUUACCACCUGUUCGCGACAAUGAAGGUUUCGUUUGUGUGCUUGCUUGUGGCAGCGGUAAUAAUGCUGUACGUCCACAGAACUGAAAGUUUGCCUCGCAUCCGCCUGCAUAGCAUCCAUUUGCCUGUCCCUGUUCGUGACCGGGAUGGAAAGAGCCUGAAGCGAGGAACUGGACAGCAAUCUUACUGGCGAAAACUCGAGAACGGUCCCUUCUUCAUCACAGAGUGUGCGGUGUAUGUUGCAACUAAUAACCUGGACGUGCCAAUAUCUCUUAUCACCAGUCUUUGCCAGAGGGCCCAUGGGCUGUACAUAAAGGGUGCAAAACGUAACGAACAAGCCUAUGUCGGCAGUAUAAGGAAGGCUGCGGAAUCUUGGCCUGCUUCAAGACCUGCUCCAUUGAGAGACGAGAAAAGUGGACCAACUGGUUACUGGGAGAAGCUAGCAAACCGAGACGUCUUCAUCAAUCAGUGUGCCGAGGACGUUCGUAAGGCAGACAGCAAGGCGACAGACGAUGCGGUUCGGACCAUCUGCGGCAGAGCAGCCGAACUCUAUCGCACCUAUACUGGUAGAAACCAGGCCGCCUACUUGAGUUGUAUCCAAGAAGCAGUGAGCUCGCUUUCGUCAGGGAGAGGCAAUCAAUCAGAUGUAGACGACACCGAGACGGAAAAUGACGUCACGGAUAAAGAAAUGAAAGAAUUCUUUGAUGCACUCUUAAAUUGAAGAGUAACCACCACCAACUAUUUGGAGUUCUUGGUUGCAAUCGAUUGUUUUUUCGAUUUAGAUUGGCAAUAAAUAAGUUUAUAUCGUG